AUGAGGAAAAUUUUCGUAAUUUUUUUUUUUUCUUUUUCAUUUUCCUUAUUAAUUUCCUUCCGUCCAGUAUUGUCUGAAAAGAUUGUCCCUCAGAUGAAUAAAAAAAAAAAUUUAGAAGAAGAUGCUGCACAUAUGCUUAUGAAGAAGUUGGAAAAAUUGUAUAAGCUUAACGAAACAAAUAAUGGAGAAAUUUUUAAUAAAGAAAUUGAAUCAUUAAAAAAGCAAAUUGAGGCACUGCAGCAGGGGAAGGUGGACAAUACCGAGGGAAACAUUGGACACCUGUUGGAAAAUGAAUCAAAAGAUGAUUUUGACGAAAAAACCAUUUUCGGUAUGGAUGAAGAAGAUUUGGACAGCUACGAUGCUGACUUUAUUGGACAGAGCAAGGUAAAAGUUAUAGGGCAAGCUGAGGGAACUGCUGAUGUACAAAAUGUAGCAGGAGGUCAGGCUGGGGACCAAAAGAGUCAAUCUCCUCCUGCGCCAAUAGUGGAAGUUGGUCAUGUCUCAACAGAUGGCAAAACAGUUAAUUCAAGGAGCAUUUCCUUAUCCACAAAUAGCAAUACAGGAUCGCCACGUGUAGCAGAAAAUACAGCUGACACCUCUAGACAAUCACAAAAUCAAACAGAAGGUUCUGUGGUAACAACAGGUGAUCAACAACCACAAAGAGAUGCUGGAGAAGGAGCGCAACAUUCAGACGGAGGAAAUGGAAGAGGUGAAGAACCCAACCCAGUUAGUGAACAUACACAAGAAGAAUCUCCCGCAACCCAAAGGAGUGAAUCCCCUGUCGUAGCGCCUGAAGCAGGAGCUGAAGGAGUUGAAGGACAACAGAGCCCAAGUGGAAAUGAUGUUAAAGUGAAGUACUUGGAUGAUCUGUAUGAUGAUAUUCUGGGGACGAAAAACAAUAAAGACGAAAUACACAUACCGACAUAUCACAGUAAAUAUAACAAACUUCGAGAAAAUUACGAAUUUAGUAUGACUCCAACAGAAUACCAAAUAGUGAAAAAUCUGUUUAAUAUUGGAUUUAAAAAGGAAGGGGAAAAUACUGUUAGCAAUUCCAUAGCAGAAGUGUUUAAAAAAGUGUUGGCAGAAGAGAAAUUUCAAAAAGAAUUUGACAAUUUCGUACAUGGUCUUUACGGAUUUGCUAAGCGGCACAAUUAUUUAAGUCAAGAACGGAUGAACAAUGAGGAUGUAUUUGGAAAUCUCCUAAAAAAUGCGAUAAACCUACUCAACACCACUCAAAUGAAAUAA